GCUUGUGGGUAAUUUUAAGCGGAGCGACGUUGGGAAGUGACGUCAUUAUCAAGCGACCGAAGAACGCGGAGUAGUUGUUUGGGAAAUUGUUUACAGAAUGCACUGAAAGAGUGAGAAAACUGAGCAGUGCGAAUAAAAAUGGCCACACAACGGGUUCUCCCGCAGAGUAAAGAGACUCUUCUGCAGAACUACAACAAGAGACUGAAAGAUGACAUCAGAUCCAUACUGGACAACUUCACUGAGAUCAUCAAAACUGCCAAGGUAGAAGAUGAAACGCAGGUGUCUAGAGCAACACAAGCGGAGCAGGACCACUACGAAAUGCACGUCAGAGCUGCAAACAUCGUGCGAGCUGGUGAGUCUCUGAUGAAGCUGGUGUCAGACCUGAAGCAGUUCCUGAUUCUGAACGAUUUCCCGUCUGUAAACGAGGCCAUUAGCCUGCGCAACCAGCAGCUGCGUGCCCUGCAGGAGGAAUGCGACAAGAAGCUCAUCUCCCUGCGUGAUGAGAUCGCCGUUGACCUGUACGAGCUCGAGGAAGAGUAUUACUCCUCCAGGUACAAAUAGAUCCUCCAGAGAUCCUGCAAUCCUGUAGUCAAGUAUCAUGUACACACUCUCUUAUAUGCACAUACCCUAUAACUCAUACCCUUGUGCCUUAGACCACAACAUGUGUGUGUCCAAAUUCAUGCAUAAGGACAUUCACAAACUGUAGUGCCUUUAAAAUGGAACAAAAAGAUAAAGACGGGUUAAACUUGUAUUUUAUCAUUACAUUUAUUAUCAUAUUUUCAUAGCAGGAUAGUCAACAGGACUAAAAUGGAAAUCUUGAGACCACCAAAAUUUUUUUUUUUUUACCAAAGUAAAAAAGUAUGUGAAAGUGGGCUUGGACGCUGUCAAAAAAUGUCAUACAUCAUACAUUUCAUGAAAAUGAGUGUACUAAAGUCUAACCAAAGAAAACAUACAUACAGUACGCAAUACAGAACUUAAAGUUAAAUAAGGAUACUAGAAAAGGUGAUAUUUAGUAAUAUUGUCUCCAGAAUAAAUAUGCUUUGCUUAAAAAAAAAAACAGAACAAAAAAAACAAUAUUAUACAAUUAUUAUAUAUUAUAUUGUUUUACAACAAUAUUGGCUUAUGUAAAAGUAUGGAAGAUUCUGAAAUUUCCUGGAGAGUGUUGAGUGGAGGAGUUGGUUGAAAUCACUAGUAAUCAUGUGACACAAAGUUCAAAUUCACAUAGACUUGUGCAAAAUAAGCUUAUUUCUAAUGCAGGCGAAUGUAACCUAUUUGACUUAAUGUUAAAUAUACAUUUGAGUCCUCUUAGUGAUCCUAGGAACAUAAUGUAAAAUAUUAAAAUGUUUGUGUGAUCUCAAAGCUCAGUUUUAUAUUAAAUAUGCAGCAGUUUAAAUAGGAAAAUGUAAAAAGCUUAAAAAGCAGCUGAACUCACUGAUCAGACCUCGCUCCCUUAUUACAGUGUCACACGUUCACGACUAAUCGCAGUUUAUGAUCUUCGUCACUAAAAUACCAAUACAUGCACUGUGUGUAAUUAAAUAUUUCUGUAAGUUCUUUAACACAGUGGCUACAAAUAUCUUAGAAAAAUUGUGGCCAGUAUUUGUCUCAUAAUUAGUUUAGUUUUCUCUUCUUGUAAGGUUGUUCAAACCAGAUGUGUCAUGUUUUUCCUGCUAGAGCAUGCCACAUUUGGUGUAUGUAGCCUAGGCAUUUUUGAAUUUGCUAUAAAUUAGGGGUCUUUAGGGCCAGUGUGACUGCAGGCUUUCAUUCCAGCCAAACAGGAGGCACUUGAUUUAACAAAUUGGUUGGUUGGUACGAAAGCCUGCAGCCACACCGGCCUUGGCAGAUAAGAUUGAAGACCCGUGCUAUAAGCGAAGAGCUAGCUUGCUUUGCUUGCUCACAUUUAAUGAAUUUUUAAUCAAAGCUAGGUCUACAGGGUGAUCAACAUCAACCUGAGUCAAGCUUUAUCCAAGAUUACAGCCAUCCAAUGUAUAUCGUAAAAGGUAGAAAUUGUGGUAAAACAUAGACAUAGUUUCAUACUUUAUACACAUAUAGGAUACACUCACAAGACCAACAAUAAUGAUAAUAAAACAAUUACAGAUUUAAGUUCUCUGGAACUUUAAAGAAGGGGUAUUCAACUCUCCCCUUUCUGCCCUAAUGCCUCUAGCCUAGUAGCUAGUCUCCGAUCUGAUGAGCUGCCUUCAGCUAAAUAAUUUACACAAACGUAUGUGAUAGCAUAAGCUGCAACAAAGGAUCUGCUGCAGAAGCCGAGCUGGUUCAUAUUUAGAAAACUCAGCUAGUUUUCUGUACUUUUAUCAGUUCUGCCUCAUUAUUUUUUCACGUGCUUAGUUCGGUCCACUGAAAUACUUUGCUGGGUCUGCAUCUGGACCACAGUCCACCAGCUGAUGACUCCUGACUUAAGGUAUACAGAAAUGCAAGGUCAGGUCUGAGUCAGAAUAUUAGGUUGUAUUUCACUAAGUUCACUGAGUGGCACCCAUAAAUAAAGUGGGUGAUUUUUAUUUAAUCUGAGCAGUUAUGUUUCUUUUCACUCUCUUAUUAACAGUAUAAAAAGAUUGUUAGAAAUAUACCACUGAUAGUACUAUAAUACUAUAGUAUUUCCAGAAUAGCGCCCAAGGCUGUUAUAUGGCCAUUGGUUUUGUGUAAGAGAAAUGUUAAUUGAGUUUAGUUAAGCUUUAAUAAUAAAGCUGGAGGACAUUGAGUUGCUGGUGCCUAAAUGUAAAUGGUGCUUAUGCUUUAACUUUACACAGGUAUAUACAAAGAAUUUGCAGGUCAGAAUGAGUCCAUGUUGUAUGUCUUAGGAUGCUGAAAUUUUGUCACACCGGUCAUUUGGCUUUUAUAUCCUGUGCUGUUGAAUUGGUUAAACUGAUGUUGUAAUGCACUAAAGUAGGUAUGUAGACUCUGUACCUCUGAAAUGAGGAGCACUCUGGGAGUUUUAAUAAUGCUGAGUAAUUCUUGUACUUUUAUGGCCUGUAUUUAGAUUUUUUUUAUUGUAUUCAAUUAAAAGAGAUUAUCAUUGUCCUGUUAAAAUGUUAACGAAAAGUUGUAUUUUAUAUAAGUACAUUUUUAGCUUGCACUGGUAACAUCUACAAUGUUUACACUGAUCUUAUUUUUAAAGCAGAGCUGGUUUUUCAUUAUCAAUUCUUCCUUGAACUAGAAACUAAUAGCUUAAACAGUGUAAGAUAUCAGCUAUGGAUAAAUAAACGUUACUGUUCAGAGCAUUGUAAUGUUAACAUUUCCCCACACUGGGCCUGAUUGGCCAUUUUAAACAAAUAAAUCAGAAAGGAAAGAGAGCAA